AUGGUUAGAAAAGUAUUGAUGUCAGUUUUAGCAUUCAUUUCUGGUGCUUUGGCAACAGAUGAGAGCUCGGAAGAGUCACAUACAACUGAGGAAUUUAUUGACACUGAAAAUUCUGGAAUGCUUAGAAAGGUCCACUGGCAAGACUUCAAAAUUGAGUUGAUCGUUUUGUCUGUGUUUGCCUUGUACGUUGUUUCAUUUAUCACCAAAAAACGCAAAAAUGCCGAUUUUGCUUCUCGUUGGUACAACUCUUUGCAAACCCUGCUUCGUAAUCAAUUUUCUCAAUAUGGUCCAGGAAGAAACAUGUCUCCCGUUAUUGAUGUCUCUCCUACAGAGUACUCGUCAUACCUCACCGGUAGAGUAAAUGUAAAAAACGUCUACACUACUUUGCAACUCUUUCCUCGUCAGGACCUGUUUACUUAUGGUAUAAACCAGCUUGUUGAAAUAUUUAUGGGAAAUGUAAUGUCUCCAGUACUUCCCGCUGCCGAUCGCUUCCAGCUAAUACUUAACCUUGGCAAUCAUGCCAAGCCCUGGCAACCAUUCGUGUUUGCCAUUGUGCGUAAGGAUUGCAUGCGUAUUCUCCGAGAGACUAGAUUCGAUCUUAGCUUUACUAGAAUCUCUUCUCAUCCAUUGCUUCCUGAAACCCACGUUCUAAUGUCCGAAAAUCUUGAAUGUACCGAACGCGUCCUUAACCUUCCUCAAUUCCUUCCUUCCCUUCAAUCUUCCAUGAAGAACCUCGAGUACCUCAUCGUUACUGAUCAGCCGGCUGCUGCCCCUGCAAAUGAAAAAGAGUAUAUGGAACAACCUCGUAUCGAUGCCUCGAUGCGUGUCGACAACGUAGGCACUUUUAAUGAGCUUGAAAAUCCCCAGGCUAAUGAUCUACUUAACACUUUAUUAUUGAUUGCUGAUAAUACGUCUAAAUUCCAAUGGCGACCUGAAAUUACUAAAAAAUUGACUUCCUCUCGCAAGUUGGCCCUUGAAGAAGUAGUCCAUGCUUCUGCUGCUGCGAAAGCCGCCAAAAGCAAAAAGUCCACCGCUUCUGACGUUUCCAAUCUGUCUGAAAGCGAACAGAAGAAGCGCGUGGAUAAAGAACGUCAACGCAAAAUCAAGAAGCGUAGUAAGCGUGCCUAG